AUGGCACCCACCACCGCAGUAGACGCUCUCGCCAGCGCCCUGGUAGCUCGGUUCCUGCGCACAAACGACUACUCCGAGACGCUGCAGGCUUUUAUCCACGAGGCUGGUCUGCGCGCUGACGUGGGGCAGACCUCGGGCGACGACACCAACCACUGGACCAUUCAAAGCUUGCUCGAAGAGAAGCGCACGUUCGAACAGAGCGUGAGUUUCGAACGGUAUGGAGCAGACCGUGCUGAGUCGGAUCGGUGGAGCGUGCCCGCGCCAUCAAAACCAACGGUCGUUCAGACCCCGACAUCCGCGAACCUUCUCGCUGCAUCCGUAGAACUGUGGCAGCAGCCCCGCAAUGGCGGCGAUGAAAAUGCGCCGGACACACCAGCGCGACCUUACAUUAUAUCCACAGGUGCAGACCGACAAGUCCAUCUUCUGGAGACUGUCUCAGGGCAUUCCGCGGUGACCUCUUUCACAGGUCUGUCGGACUCGCCCGUGCUUUCAUACGUGUCGAUCCUCCAGGGCCGAUAUGUCCUGAUGACCAAUAUGUCCGGCCAACUGCUGCUCCAGCACGACUCCGAGAUUCUGGAUCGACGGAAGGACCACUCGAAAUAUGCAGUCAAGGUGACUGCAUACCAAGACCCGGUCGAGCCUGAAUCUUCGUCCACCAAGUGGUGGGUGGCCACCGCCGGUUGGGAUGCCACCAUCUUCUUGUACCGUCUCGAUAUCCCCGACAGCGAAGAGGCUGCGCCGGUAAUCGGUGAGCCUGCUGCACGGGUCAAACUUGCUACGAAUCCAGAAUCGUUGCUUUUUGUGCGCCAUGUCGACUCCGACGAACUGCUUCUAUUGGCCUCGCGCCGGGAUUCGACCUAUAUCUACUACUACCAGGUGCAACCAACACCAGCAACAAACAUCUCUCCACACGAGAGUGGGAGUGAUCCCGCACCGAACUCAUCACUGCCAGAAUGCAGGCUCCUUGGAAAGCAAAACCUAGCACCGCACUCCAAUGCCUGGGUUGCGUUUUCGCCCGCCCACAUGGCACUCAGCCCGAAUGACCCGGGCCUCUUGGCUGUCGCCACCUCCGCCCUUCCUCAUUUGAAGGUCAUUAUCGUGCGCCUGCUAUUCCCGUGGUCAGACGCAGGUGACGAAAGCAAUGCAGCAGACACAGAGGUCUCUAUGACGCAGGCGUCGCAGGCCCUGGCAUCCUUGGCACUGCAGAACCGCGAAGACGCCGCCAUCCUGGUCCAGGCGAACUCUUUUGCGCCGCAGACGGCCUACUCGACGCCGCAGGUCGCCUGGCGGCCUGACGGGUCGGGUAUCUGGGUCAAUGGGGACGACGGGGUAGUUCGCGGGAUCGAGACGAAGACCGGGAAGGUGGUUGCUCUGCUGAAGAACGGCCAUGAGCCCGGUUGCAAGGUACGCACGAUUUGGGCGGGUCAUGUCUCCGUACCUCGUGCAGGCGAAGACCGUGCCCGAGAAGAAUGGGUUAUUAGUGGCGGAUUUGAUAAACGAUUGAUUGUCUGGAAAGUUGAAUGA